UUAAACAGCGCGUGCAAAUCGAUUUCUUCAGUUGACGAUUGAACAAUGGCCGGGCUAUUGGCUCAAGUCUUGAUUUUGUGCUGUCUAGCACUGGUCCGUGGGGACCAAACAAAAUUUUGCGAUCUGGCGUCUUGCUAUGGGAGACCCCAUACGAUGUGCCUCUUUCCUUCGGAAACGCCUGCAGCUUCGUGCGGGGAGAUGAAGGGCAAGGGUUUAACUCCCGAGGAGAAGAAGGCUAUUCUCGAGAGACACAAUCACUGGAGAGCUCGUGUCGCUAGUGGAAAGGAAAUGAGAGGUAUCAAUGGACCCCAACCCGCCGCGAAAAACCUCGGCUCCAUGACGUGGAACGAUGAAAUAGCAGAGUAUGCGCAGAGAUGGGCUGAUCAGUGCUCUUUCCAACACGACCACUGCCGGAACACCGCUAAAAUGCUGGUGGGACAAAACAUCGCAUUCAUUGGAAGUACUGCAGGAUGGAACAAUGACAAUCUAGUCCAAAUGGUAGAUAAUUGGUACAACGAGGUGGAACAUUUCGAUAGGAACAAGAUUCGCAACUUUCGCGUUGUGUACCACCCAAGAGCGCUGCAAGUCUAUCACUACACCCAGAUGGUCUGGGCGAAGAGCACCAUGCUCGGCUGCGGCGCUUCCAGAUACAGAAAGCAAGGCGACAGAUACUACAUAACGUACCUCGUCUGUAACUACGCCCCGACGGGAAAUUUUAUUGGUCAGCCAGUCUACGAAAUAGAAUGAAGCACAAUGCACUUCUUGCCGGGCCCCGUACGUAAUUCAAUACGACAUAGUCGAAAUUGGGAAGUGAUGAGUCCUGAGGGUUUUUUCUACAGAAAUUCCUCGGCGUAAACUCAGGAUUUAUCACUCAAUUUUUUUCUUAUUUCAUUAGAAAAAUACAAGCAGAUCUGAGAAAAUUUAAACCCAGGAAUUUCGAUGGAAAUCUAUUGGUUUUUUCCGUAACAAAAUUUUUUAUUGAUCAUUAAUAAAAAAUUAAUGCCAAUCCAAAAGAGUUAUCUCUGGAAUGCGCAAGAUUUUUUGACAAUUUUUCCUUAUGUAAUAUUUCCUCAUACUUUAUCAUGUUCAAUCAAUGCCUUGUAUUGUUUAUAUGAGCGCCUUAUAGUCUCCAAAAAACAAUAAUAAUAAUGCUUGAAUGUGACUCAGCCGACAAUCCGACUCCAGUUUGAAAGCCCGCAUCUGAAAACAACUUGUUUAAACAUUUGUUAAUCUGCAAGAAUUACAAGAAGCAAUAAAAAAAAUUAUCAUAAAACUCCAAGAUGAAAAACAUGAAUGAGGGCAGCCAACGGUGGUGAAUAUUUUAUUGACAUCAUCGACGGUUUGUAUUUUUCAUUCUCCAGAAGAUAUUGAAUAAUAUAAUAUUUAUAAUAAUAA